AUGCAGCUGGUCUCACUCGGGUGGGUCCCCGAGUUAACGGUGUCCCUCGCCCAGACCCGGCGCCGUGAUGAGGCCGUCGUAUCGGUGUCGGCUCAUCGUGGGGCGAGGUCGAGCGCUUCCCAGGGCAGACAUCCCGACGUGGAGGUUCGGGCAGUCAAAGUUCAAACACGGUGGUUGCGGCACGGAGCGUCGCCGAGAGCCAGAUUCCGCGCCAACUCUAUGUACUCGUGGAUAAACACCACAGUCGGCGAGCUCUCAUCCCACGCAACGCCCAUCUCGAACUGCCCGUGA